GCGCCGGGAGCCGAGCGAGGCGCAGGAGGCGCGGUUUGUCUCCUGCCGGCGCUGGUAGCGGCUGCCGCUCCGGCCGCCCCCCGCCCCCGCUUCCUGUGAGGAGCGAAUGGAAAGUCUGGCCCCGGCGCCCGCGCGUAUACUGUAAAAAACCUAGAACAGUGAGGAUGCACCAUGGUAAUGGUCCUCAGAAUGCCCAGCGCCAGCUUCAGAGGUCCAGGUCCUUCACAGGCAGUGAGGGAGAAGAGCAACAGGCAAAUUUACCCCAGUCACCUGCAGCUUCUUUUGCACCUUCUGCAAGUCCAUCUGCACCCCAGUCCCCCAGUUACCAAAUACAACAAUUUAUAAUGAGUCGAAGUCCAGUAGCUGGGCAGAAUGUGAACAUCACGCUGCAAAACGUUGGACCAGUGGCUUCAGGAAACCAGCAGAUAACCCUUACCCCGUUGCCAAUUCCAAACCCAACAUCACCGAGUUUUCAGUUCAGUCCUCAGCAGAGGCGGUUUGAGCAUGGAUCCCCAUCGUAUAUUCAAGUUACUUCACCGCUGCCUCAACAAGUUCAGUCUCAAAGCCCUACACAGCCUAACCCUGUGCCGGUGCAAACGUUACCAAAUGUUCGGGCAGGCACUCCAGGCCCUGGCUUGGGUAUGUGCAGCCAGAGCCCCACUAGAGGAUUCGUAGAUGCUAGUGUGCUUGUGAGACAAAUCAGCCUGAGUCCUUCAAACGGUGGACACUUUGUGUAUCAAGAAGGACCAGGAAUUGCACAAAUUGCUCAAGGAGCUGCUGCACAAGUACAGCUUCCAUCUUCGGGGACACCUGCUACGGUACGGGAACGCAGGCUUUCACAACCUCAUUCGCAGUCUGGUGGCACCAUUCAUCAUCUCGGUCCUCAAAGUCCUGUAGCUAGCGGAGCAAAUAUGCAAUCUUUGACUAGCCCGGGCCAUAUUACGACCACCAGCUUGCCACCCCAAAUCAGCAAUAUUAUCCAAGGGCAACUUAUGCAGCAACAGCAGCAAGUGCUUCAAGGGCAGCAGCUGGGUAGACCCAUUGGAUAUGACAGGACUUCUGGUGGAUUGAUAGCGGGAGUUGGAGGACCUAGUGCAUUUGGAAUGACAUCACCGCCUCCUCCCACAAGUCCUUCACGGGCCACUGUGCCACAGGGGCUGUCGAGUCUUCCUCUUACUCCUACAGUUAAUACGACGGUGAAAAAACAACCCAAAAAGUUGGAGGAGAUUCCUCCUGCCAACCAAGAGACUGCUCAAAUGAGAAAACAAUGUUUGGAUCAUCACCACAAGCAGAUGGAAAUUCUUAAGGAAACUUUUAAGGAAUGUUUGAUUGAACUGUUUUUCCUGCAACAUCUUCAAGGGAAUAUGAUGGACUUUUUAGCUUUUAAGAAGAAACACUGUGUUCCACUGCAAGCAUACCUGAGGCAAAAUGACUUGGAUCUGGAGGAGGAAGAAGAGGAAGAACAAUCUGAGGUCAUCAAUGAUGAGGUAAAGGUUGUGACAGGAAAGGAUGGGCAGACUGGUACUCCUGUCGCUAUAGCAACCCAGCUUCCUCCAAAUGUUUCUGCUGCUUUUUCAUCCCAGCAGCAACCAUUUCAGCAAACGCAUACAGGGACUCCAGUAACGGGGACUGUGAACACCAUAGAAAUUGAAGCUUUUAAGAGGCAGCAGGCACUUGCACCAGCAGAUUCGUCUAAGAGACCACGAAUUGAAGUGGGCCGUCAUGGGAUGGUUUUUCAGCACCCGGGUGUGGCUUCAGGAGUUCCUCUUCAACAGCUAAUGCCAACGGCACAAGGUGGAAUGCCUCCCACUCCUCAAACUGUACAGCUGACUGGACAGAAACAGAGUCAACAACAGUAUGACCCAUCUAAAGGCCCUCCUGUGCAGAAUGCAGCAAGUCUGCAUACACCUCCGCCGCAGCUGCCAGGGAGACUGCAACCUGCGAAUGUUCCUAUGACAUCUCUCCCAGCUGCGCUGCAGCUUUCACAGCAGCAACCACAGAUAGUGGAAUCUCCAGCUCAGCCUCAGAUUCAGGUGAAGAUCCAGCCUCAGAGUGUACCCCUGACUUCUGCUCCACUUCCAGCACCACUUCAACAGCAGGUGCCACCAGCAAUCCAUGUGCAAGGACAGACACAAAACCAAGUGUCACAGCCACAAGCUACAAUACAGCAACAGACUGUGACUCUGACACGACCAUCUGCAGAUCCUGCUCAGACUUCUCAGCGUCUUACGGCAAAUACACUACCACCUACCUCAUCCGUUGUGCCAGCAACUAUCUCAGGCACAACACCACCUUCUGCAUAUCCAGUACAAACAAACAGGACCUCUCCAGCAACUAACAAGUCCCUGUCUCCUAUUGCAUCAAAACCCCCAGGCUUAGCAGUAGCAGCAGCGCCUAAAACACAAAGUCCAGCUCAGAAUGCAGCAGUAUUACCACAGGACAACUCUCAAGACAAGCUUGCUGAGCAAGUAAAGCUGGAAAAUCAAAUCCAUCAGCGAAUAGCAGAACUGAGAAAGGAAGGUUUAUGGUCCCUCAGGCGAUUGCCUAAACUCCAAGAGGCUCCAAGACCAAAAUCUCACUGGGAUUAUUUGCUGGAAGAAAUGCAGUGGAUGGCAACUGAUUUUGCCCAAGAGAGAAAGUGGAAGAUGGCAACUGCUAAGAAGAUGGUAAGAACUGUGGCUCGUUACCAUGAAGAAAAGAAACUUAAUGAAGAGCGAGCUAAAAGGGAAGAACAAAACAAACUAAGGCGAAUUGCUGCAUCAAUUGCUAGAGAAAUAGAAUACUUCUGGUCUAACAUUGAACAGGUUGUUGAAAUAAAACUGCAAAUUGAAUUUCAAGAGAAAAGGAAAAAAGCUUUGAAUUUAAAGAGAAUUUCAAGGAAAGGUAAGGAUACAAAACCUACAGAAGACCUUUUAUUGGAAAAAGAAAGUGAAAUGGGUUGUUCAUCAUCUGGAAGGAAAAGAAAGGCAAGCACAUCUUUGACUGAUGAGGAAGUUGAAGAUGAAGAAGAAACAAUUGAAGAACAAGAAGCUAGAGAAGGAAACAUAAACCAUCAAACUGAAUUGUCUAAUCUAGCCAAAGAAGCUGAAUUGCCUCUGGAAGAUUUACUAAAGAUGUAUGAAGGUGCCUUUGCAGAAAAUUUUCACUGGCCCCAGCCGAAGCCUGACAGUGAAGAGGAUAGCAGUGAGGAAGAAAUGGAAGACCAUAUCUCUGAUAGGGAAAGUCCUCAGAAAGAAGUUGUCCUCAUAGACUCCCUUCUCAGCAUUGACCAGUACAAGGGUAUAGACAGAUCAAGUCCUCCAAAGAAGCAUAUGCGAGACAUAGCAGAAGUUGCUGCUGCAGCAGAAAUGCUGUUACCUAAAGGCAGCUCUAGGAUAACAACAGCAGUAAAAUACAAUACUCCAUCACUGCUGUAUGGGCCUCUCAGAGAAUAUCAAAAGAUUGGGCUGGAUUGGCUAGCAAAGCUGUACAGGAAGAAUCUCAAUGGCAUUCUGGCAGAUGAGGCUGGGCUUGGAAAAACAGUACAAAUUAUCGCCUUUUUUGCCCACUUGGCUUGUAAUGAAGGUAAUUGGGGCCCUCACCUUGUUGUUGUACGGAGCUGUAACAUACUGAAAUGGGAGCUGGAAUUGAAACGCUGGUGCCCAGGGUUGAAAAUACUUCUCUACUUCGGCAGCCAAAGGGAACUUAGGGCAAAAAGACAGGAAUGGACAGAACCCAACAGCUUCAAUGUGUGUAUCACUUCCUACAAACAGCUGUUCAAAGGCCACCCAGCAUUUAUGAAAAUGCGAUGGAAAUACUUAAUAGUAGAUGAGAUGCAACAAAUAAAGAACAUGACUGAGAAACACUGGGAGGCGCUUUUCAGUCUCCGCAGCCAGCAUCGUUUGCUUCUGAUAGACACUCCUUUGCAUAACACAUUGAUGGAGUUGUGGACCAUGGUACAUUUUCUGAUUCCGGGAAUUUCCAGACCUUAUCUAGAUUUUCCAGUAAAAGCAGCUAAUGAGGAGAACCAGGAUUAUUGCCAUAAACUGGUCAUCAGGUUACACAGAAUGAUUCAGCCAUUUAUUUUGCGAAGAUCAAAGAGAGACGUUGAAAAGCAGCUAACAAAGAAAUAUGAACAUGUGCUAAAGUGUCGCCUUUCUAGUCGACAAAAAGCUAUGUACGAAGAUGUCAUAUUACAACCAGGAACCCAAGAAGCCCUCAAAAGUGGACAUUUCAUCAGUGUCCUGCAUGUCCUGAUGCAGUUGCAACGGAUUUGUAAUCACCCUGAUCUGAUAAACCCUCGGCUUUCAAGUACCUCUUACGUAUCAGAAACACUGGAAUACAGAACUGCGUCUCUGGUACUGAGUGCCCUAGAAAGGGAUAUUUGGAAGGAGUCAGACCUGUCUCUUUUUGAUCUCAUUGGAAUGGAAAACAAAAUGACUCAUUAUGAAGCACAAAUGUUGCCAAAACAAAAGGUUACUAGAAAGUUGAUUGAAGAAAUCUACAGCUCCCCUCCACCACCAGCUAGGCCCAACCCAGUGAAGCUCAAACCAAGCAGGUUGUUUCAACCCGUUCAGUACGGUCAGAAACCUGAGGGCAGGACCGUAGUUUUCCCAAGCACUCAAGUACAACGCACGGUGACCACAGCAACGGUAACUCAACAGGGACAAGUACGAGGAAGAUCACCCAUAGCUACAGUGUCUUCAAAUCAAGCCGCAGCAGCACAGUUUCAGACAACUCAGGCUUCCACCAGUGCUCCAAGACACCAGCCCGCAGCGACCUUCACCACAGCAACUAGCACAGCCAACCCUGUGAAACCGCGGGGCCAGACCUCUGCGCAGGCCUCUCAGCUAGGCCAGGCUCAGCCACAGGCCCCCUCGCACACCAUCCAACAGAGUGUGCUGCCUCAGAGGCUGGUACUGACCUCUCAGGCCCAGGCACGGUUGCCUAGUGGUGAGGUAGUAAAAAUAGCCCAGCUGGCUUCUAUAGCAGGAGCACAAGGCAGAAUCGCUCAGCCAGAGACCCCUGUAACACUGCAGUUCCAAGGGAACAAGUUCACUUUAUCACAUAGUCAACUUCGCCAGCUCACUGCAGGGCAACCCUUGCAGUUACAAGGAAGCGUUCUUCAGAUUGUUUCAGCACCUGGUCAGCAGUAUUUGAGACCUCAGGGUCCAGUUGUCAUGCAAACAGUUUCCCAAGCGGGAACUGUUCAGAAUGCUCUGAAUGCUUUAGGAAACCAACAUCAAGCAGGUGUCCCAGCUUCCACAGCAGUGACACAGCAAGUUUGUAUUCCAGGUAGAACUGCAGUUACUAAUUUGUCAUCAUCUGGUGACAUGGGAUCAGUGUUAAAACCAGCACCUACACAUGGACAAUCGCAGGAAACAUAUGAAGAAAAGAACCGGCUUUUGAAGGAGCGCCUGGACAGAAUAUUUUCUGGCAAUGAGCGACGUUGUUCACGGGCCCCAAUGUAUGGCAGAGACUUGCUGAGUGUUUGUUCUUUGACUGGUGAAAGAAGGCCCUCUCAGCUGUCUUCCAGUGAAGACAACAGUUGGAGGUGGGCUGGCUUUGUGAACUGUUGCCUUUCUUCAAGUGCCUCUGGAAGCCCAAGUAACCCAUUGCAAGAAAUGAUCCUGACUUCAGUUCAGCAACAAGAAUCUCUAAAGCAUGUUGUUAACAGGGCUCUCUUUGUAUUGCCAGCUGCAGUUGCUGCUCCCCCAUGUUUGUAUGUAGCAAAUCCUCCCCCUUCAUACAGUCACAGAUUGAAACUCCUUAAGCACAGUCUUAAGCAGAAGGCAGCUCCACACUUGCAUCAGUUGCAACAGAUUACAACUCCUCACUUGCUACAGUUCCCUGACCUCCGGCUGGUGCAGUAUGACUCAGGAAAAUUAGAAGCUCUUGCUGUCUUGCUUCAAAAGUUGAAAUCUGAAGGGCGCCGAGUGCUGAUUUUGUCACAGAUGAUUCUGAUGUUGGACAUACUGGAAUUGUUUCUGAAUUUCCAUUUCCUCACAUUUGUGAGGAUUGAUGAAUAUGCUAACCAUGAACAACGGCAGGAGCUGAUGAAAAUUUUCAACAGAGACAAGCGCAUUUUCUGUGCCAUCCUUUCCUCUCACAGUCGUUCCACUGGAGUCAAUCUUGUUGAGGCAGACACUGUUGUGUUCUAUGACAAUGAUCUAAACCCAGUGAUGGAUGCAAAAGCUCAGGAAUGGUGUGACAGAAUUGGGAGAUGUAAAGAUAUCCAUAUAUACAGGCUUGUCAGUGGUAAUUCUGUAGAAGAGAAGCUUUUGAAAAACGGCACAAAGGACUUGAUCAGAGAAGUAGCUGCUCAGGGAAAUGACUAUUCAAUGGCCUUUUUAACACAGCAAACGAUUCAGGAAUUGUUUGAGGUUCAUUCUCCUAUGGAGGAUUCUGGAUUUAGAGUGAAAGCAGAAGAAUUUGUAGUACUUUCUCAAGAGCCAUCUCCAGCUGAAAAUAUUUCACCUAAAGUUGCAAGACCAUUCAUAGAGGCCCUCAACAGUAUUGAACAAGAGGAUGAGGAGUCAAAUGAUCGUGUACAAGAAAUAGGACCCGAGUCAAGCAUUGAACCUUUAAUCUCAGAGCUCUGCGAGACAAAAUACAAUGAAGAGCCCUCACAGCUGCAGGAGUUAGUUGCUGUUGUGGAUCAGCUGACUCCAAUUGAGAAGUAUGCUAUGAAUUAUUUAGAGCUCUUCCACGUUUCAGUUGAUGAGAAUGAGCCACGGUUGAAUGAGAUGGAAUUGAAAACUGCAAAGAAAGCAUGGGAAGUCCAGCAUAUGAAGGAGUUAAAGGAAAAAGAGCAAAAAAUGCUGUGGGAGGAUGAAGAGGAACUUCUAACCUACACUCGGGAGGAUGCAUACAACAAAGAAUAUGUCUAUGAAGGUCCAGAUGGACAAACCGAAAUAAUGCCACUUUGGACUCCUCCCACUCCACCUCAGGAUGACAAUGAUAUCUACAUAGAUUCUGUUAUGUGCCUGAUGUAUGAUACCACGCCUAUUCCAGAAUCAAAGUUGCCUCCAGUGUAUGUCAGGAAGGAACGUAAACGACACAAAACAGAUCCAUCUGCUGCAGGUAGGAAGAAAAAACAACGUCAUGGAGAGACAGUUAUUCCACCUCGUUCACUUUUUGAUCGAGCAACUCCAGGAAUGUUGAAAAUGCGCCGAGAGGGCAAAGAGCAAAAGAAAAACAUCUUGUUGAAACAACAAACACAGUUUGCAAAGCCUUUGCCAACUCUUGUCAAACCAGCUGCUGAGGCUGGACAGGAUAACCCAGAGUGGUUGAUCAGUGAAGACUGGGCACUUCUGCAGGCAGUGAAGCAGCUGCUGGAGCUUCCUUUAAAUCUUGCUGUUGUAUCGCCAGCACACACUCCCAAUUGGGACCUUGUUAGUGAUGUUGUUAACUCAUGCAGCAGAGUCUAUCGCUCACCAAAACAAUGCCGAAACAGAUACGAAAAUGUCAUUAUUCCAAGGGAAGAAGGAAAGCUAAUGUACGAAGCUAAUCCUAAAAAGAAGACAAAAAGUAUUUAUAAGACUAAAAACAGUCGCCCACUUCGUACCAAUCAGAUCUAUGCUCAAGAUGAGGGUGCAACCCACACACAACUUUAUACUAAUCAUUUUGAGAUGAUGAAAAUGAUUGCAGGGAAAAGAAGUCCACCUAUCAAACCUCUACUUGGCAUGAAUCCUUUCCAGAAGAAUCCAAAGCAUGCAUCAGUGCUUGCAGAAAGUGGAAUCAACUAUGAUAAGCCACUUCCUCCAAUUCAAGUUGCAUCCCUCCGAGCGGAACGUAUUGCAAAAGAGAAAAAGGCUUUGGCUGAACAGCAGAGGGCACAGCAACAGACAGGUCCACAGCCUCAGCAGCAGCAAGCUGGCCAGCAGCAAGCUCAGCAACCAGCUGUACAGCAAGCACAAGCCCAACCUCAGCCGCAGGCUCAGGCACAGGUAGUUCAGCAGCCACAGGCAGUAGUGCAGACUGCAGUAACUACUGUGGCCAACACAGCAGUAUUGGCGGGCACAAUCAAAACAGCAGUUACGGGGACAAGUAUACAGACUGCUACAGUAAGUGGAAAUGUCAUAGUAAAUACCGUUGCUGGAGUGCCUGCUGCUACCUUUCAGCCCAUCAAUAAACGUCUGGCUUCACCUGUUAUACCUGGAACACUGACUACUUCGGGAGGCACUGCAACUGCACAAGUGGUACAUACCCAGCAGCGAACUGCAGCAGCACCUGCUGCUUCCACAGAGCUGGUGACCAUAGCAUCUACCCAGGGAGUUCGUGCAGUAACUUCAGUGACAGCAUCAGCAGUAGUAACUACAAACUUAACACCUGUGCAGACCCAGACAAGAUCUUUGGUGACUCAAGUUACACCAGCUACACCAACAGUUCAGCUGUCUGGCAAAACAAUUACCCCUGCUCACUUCCAGCUUCUGAGGCAACAGCAGCAGCAGGCUGCUCAGGUGCAGGUCCCACAGAUUCAGGCUCAGGCACAAGCCCAGUCUCCAGCUCAGAUAAAAACUGUAGGGAAAUUGUCACAGGAGCAGCUGAUCAAGUUGCAGAAGCAGAAACUGCAGCUUCCCCAGCAGCAGGCAGCGCAGCAGACACAGCAAGGAUCACAACAGCAAACAGCACAAGUACAAGUGCAACAGCAACAGCAAACUCAACAACUCACUGCUGUGACAGCACCUCGUCCUGGCGCAGUUCUCACAGGCACUACUGUAACAAACCUGCAAGUUGCUCGUCUUACUCGUGUUCCUGCUUCCCAGCUUCAAGCACAAGGACAGAUCCAGGCCCAAACUCCGCAAGCAGCACAGGUUGCUUUGGCAAAGCCUCCGGUGGUGUCUGUUCCAGCUGCUGUUGUGUCAUCUGCAGGAGUCACUACACUCCCCGUCACUGUUGCAGGCAUUAGUGUUGCCAUUGGGCAGCCACAGAAAGCAGCAGGAGGCCAGACGGUAGUUGCACAGCCACUGCAUGUCCAGCAGCUUCUAAAACUCAAGCAUCAUCAAGCAGCACAGCAACAGAAAGCUAUCCAGCCUCAGGUUGCACAGGGUCAAGCUACUGUGCAGCAAAAGAUAAAUGCUCAACAGGUUACGGUCCAAACCCAACAGCAGACUUCACAGCAACAAAAAGUAACUUAUACUACACAGCCUGCCAUUAAAACACAGUUCUUGACAACUCCAAUUUCCCAAACCCAGAAACCAGGUGGAACCCAGCAAGUGCAGGCCCAGAUUCAGGUACAGGUUGCAAAACUUCCACAAGUGGUCCAGCAACAGGCUACUGUUGCCAAUAUUCAACAGAUGGUUUCAGUUUCCCAACAGGUACAAGCUCAGCCCCAAACUGUGACGCUUUCUCAGACGACGGCAGGUCAACAGCAGGUUCAGGUGAUUCCUGCAACAACUGCUACUGCUCAGGUCGUCCAGCAGAAACUAAUACAACAGCAAGUUGUGACAACAGCGUCUCCCCAGAUUCAGGCUCCAGGUGUACAGAAUCCAGCCCAGACACCAGCAACAUCUGAAGCCCAGAAUCAGCAAGCAAAAGUACAAAUGAGGACGCCCACUGUCAGAUUAAAGGCACCUACUAAACCAAGUUGAACUAAUGAUUAGAAUGCAAUAACAGGGAAACACAGCAUUUCUUGUUUGCUAAGCCAAGUGAGAAGCUACUCCAAACAUCCAAAUGAAGACAAACCACCUCUAUUUUUUUUUUUUUUAGCAGAAGGUUUUUUGCUGGUGAACAUUUAAACAUGGAAACUCUCAUAAAACUUAAGCGUAUUAGCAACUGUUUAGCACUCAAAAUCUGUACAAGAUGCAUUCUGCCAGUGUUCUCUGUGCUCAUUCAAACCAGAUAAAGCAAGCAUUACUUAUGUUUAAAUUUUGCCCAGCUUCACAAAAGUAACAUGGUAAUAUGCCAUAAACGCCAGUAAAAUUCAUGUAUCUUAGCAUACCACAAACUGCCCGUGGGAAUAUGCAGUUCUUUGCUAUAGUUUGGGUGGACGCUCGAUAUCCAGGGCGAAGCCAUUCAAAGAACCAAGUGUGGCUAAUAUAGCAAAGUAUUUUCCAUCUGUAUAAAAGCUGCAUGUUGUUCUUGCCUGAGGUAAAUGCCUCUGGAAGAUCUAACAUAUUUGAAGUGCUCCCUGCAAACUUUAGCCAAUAAAUGUGAAAACCUGUAAGUAUAUGUAAUUAAAAAGGAAAAAAAGUUUCAUUCUCCAUUUUUGUAAGUCUUUUAAAAUGUUUGUUAGUAGUUUUGUGUACAGUUUAUUGAAUCACCCAACCUGUGCGCUCAUUCUCAUAUUUCACUUUAAGAUAAUGGAUAUUUUAGGCAUGAACUGAGUAAAUACUGUGUUGAUAGUAGAUGUGUAUUAAAGUGUAGCCCAUUUUUUUUGUAAAAGAAUUGUUCGGUGGAUACAGCUAAACAAAUGAUCCGUAGCUGUUUCUCAUGGGACUUCUGUCAAGGAAAAUCUCCAACUGAUAAAAUUUAAUCUCUCAGUUUCAUUCUGCUCUUGCAACAUGUUUAAAUGUUCAGUACUUUCUACUCAGCUUUCAGCUCGGGGGGGGGGGGGGCUGGGGGAAGGGGAGAAUAGUGAAAUUAAAUCUAAGACUUAAUUCUUCAACUGUGUAAAGAAUAAGAUCUAACUUUUGUACUAUUCUUUUACUAAAGCUAAUGAUGAAUGUAUCUUCAGGUGGGUAUUUUGGAUGUGAAUAGAGCGUGGCCUCUUCCUCCAAAUCAGUUUGCCUUAUUGUUAUGAAAAAAAAAAAAAACAAACAAACAACAACAAAAAAAAAAACCCCAAGCAAAAAGCUGCAUAGAACUGUGGGGGUUUUCUUUACUUUUCUCGCAUAAAAUGAAAACCAGACUGUUUGCGAACAGCACUGAGUGAGGAAUCAAAAAGCUCUUGGUGGCUUGAAUGGAUUUAUUUUACUUUGGCCAUAAAACUGCAUGACUUGUAAAAUGCAGACAAAAUUACAACAUUCCUUUUCUGAGAUGGUUUUAAAAUUAUUUUUCCAUUCUGUGAUCUUUUCACUCUUUUAGGCGGGAGGCCUAUUUAAAGGCAAGGAAAGCGUAUCUUUUGUUCUUACCUCUGUAUGUACACACCUAUUGGUACCUAGCAAUCCAAAUGGCUUAAACAAGAAAGAAUACCCAGUCAGCUCCUCUGUUUUAAGUAGGAUAGGUUCAGCCCAUUCUGUUAAGAUCACAAAUGUUAACACGGGGUCAGGCAGCGUUCCUGAUUUUUUUUUUUUUGGUUUUUUAGACCUCUUUUCUCCUCCAUCCUCUUUUUCUUGGACCCUCAGGCCUGCAAAUACAGGGGCAUUGUUGUUUGGUUUUUUUUUUUUUUUUUUAAGCUGUUUGUGCAUGCAGUAGUGUUCCGCUGACCCUGCCAAACCACUGGUCUGUGCCAUUACCUGAACUUCAUUACUAGCCACGAAGCUGGUGUUGUUGGCAGCGGAAUAGUUUAAAACGCAAAGCAAAUGCAAUGGUAACAGAUAACUGACACCGUGUACAGUAUAGUGUCGCUCAUCCAAAAAUAUUGCUUAGUUAGCCCCAGUUUUACUUUUAAAUGUUUAGCUCUUAUUAUGUGCAUGAAAGUCGGGGGGGGGGGGGGGGGAACACGUCCAACAGUGGGAAAGCUGUUGACUGCAUCAUUGUGCUGGUCUGAUUUGGUGUCUAAAGAGGCAAUUGUUUCUUGUUUAGGUCAGUUAAUGAAGAUAAAAAUCGCUUUUUUUUUCUUUUUUCCUUUUGAUGUGUCUUUCUCCCAGGAGUGUGUUAGGAAGUCAACCUGUAAAUAACUGAUGAACAUAAGCAUUUGUACUUGAUCCAGUAGGAUUAUAAGGAAUAGCGAUGUAUCCUACCUGAAGGUGUAAUAAAGUGUACAUUUUUAUAA